UCGAUGCAGUGGGAAAACGUGCGAGGACAAAUUUUAAAAUGAAGCUGUUUGGAUUUUGGUUGGCUUUGGUGGUUUUGAUUUUGGGGAGUGAAGCUUUCAAGAUUGUUAAUAAGCAGGAUGAAAAGGAUCGGGAAAAGGAUUCGUAUCAUCCUUCGCACGUCACUUCGGCUGAGAAGGACUUCGACAACGUUCCAGAAGAAGAGCGAACUUCGGAGUUCUGGAACAAUGGAGCACAGACGACGUUGAAGGAGAAGCUGAGCAAAAGGAAGCAACCGAUAGCUCAGCGACCUAAGAAUGUGAUUUUCUUCAUCGGAGAUGGUUUGUCCCCGCAGACAAUUGCGGCUACCCGAAUGUACCUGGGCAAUGAGAAUGAGGCGCUUUCGUUUGAGAAGUUUCCCUAUUUGGGACAGGCCAAGACGUAUUGCGUCAAUCGACAGGUACCGGAUUCGGCCUGUACUGGAACGGCUUAUUUGUCCGGGGUCAAGAUCAACUACGCGAUGUUAAAUGUGGCAGCUUCAAUCCCUCGAAGUACCUGCGAGUAUCAGAAAUCAAACGAGACGGAGAUUUACGGUAUCAUGAAGUGGGCCCAGGAGGCUGGAAAGGCUACGGGGAUUGUGACGAAUACAAGGGUCACUCACGCUUCUCCGGCUGCAGCGUAUGCUCAAAGUGCUAGUCGAUCGUGGGAAUCGGACGCCAAUGUUGUGGCCAGUCGAUGUGAUCCCAGUAGAACGAUCGACAUCGCUCGGCAGUUGGUGGAGAAUGACGUGCCCAGUAAGUUUAAAGUAAUUCUCGGCGGAGGACGUCGAGAGUUUAGACCUAAUGGAUACCUUGAUGAAGAGAACUACGCCGCACGAAGAUUGGACGGACGUGAUCUGAUCAAAGAAUGGGUUGGAAAACAUGAAGCUUUAGGCGAAACAAGGUAUGUGUGGAACAGAACCGAACUGAUGGACGUUGAUGCUUCCAAGACGGAGUAUUUGAUGGGACUGUUUGAAGGCAGUCAUAUGCGGUUCAACGUUCAGAAUCAAGCAGGUAAUCGACCGGAACUUGAACCUACCUUAGAGGACAUGACUCAAAAGGCGAUUGAAAUGCUCCAGAAGUACGACGAUGGAUACGUCCUGUUCAUCGAGGGAGGCCAGAUCGAUCUGGCUCAUCAUGCCACCUAUGCGCGGAUAUCGCUGGACGAAACAGCCGAGUAUUCAAAGGCCAUCGCCAAAGCCAGGUCCAUGACCAGUGAAGAAGACACCCUGAUUGUAGUUAGUGCUGAUCACAGUCACACUAUGAUGUAUAACGGAUAUCCGGAUCGCGGCCAGGACGUUCUGGGAAUCGCGGGCAUCAGCUCUCAAGACAGACUACCCUACACAACCCUCAGUUACGCCAAUGGACCGGGUUGGGCUAACACCUACACUCCGGAGAAUCGGGCCAUCCGGCAGGACAUCUCCGAUUUUAACUUCAACAGCAUAUCUCUCCAAUAUCCGGCCACGGUUCCCCUGGAUUCGGAAACCCACGGAGCCGAGGACGUGAACGUGUACGCAUCCGGACCGUAUUCGCAUAUUUUCGUCGGAAACUAUGAACAGAGUGCGUUGCCCCAUUUGAUGGCCUAUGCCUCCGGUAUUGGAGCAUACUUGGAGAGGGAUGACGACAACACGACCAUUUCGGAUACAGAUUUUAUCAUUGAGAAUUCGGCUUUCGAUAUUGAGAGCGCGAGGUUCAGGAUUCAUAACUCGAGAUUUAGGAUACACAAUUCGCAGUUUCGAAUCAAUGAUUCGGUGUUUAAAAUUAGAGAUGCAGAUUUUGAAAUACAGUAGUGUAAGUCAAAAGCGGAAAUGUUACGUCGUUACUAAAAAUGUAGUUUGUGAGCACUUCUUGCGUUGGAAAAGGGAAAGAGCUGGAAGAUCAUAUCACAAACAAGCAUUCUAUCAUAAUAAUAAGCUCUA